CAAUGAAGUUUUUUCAUCGCGCGUUAGUUGAACGAUGGCCGCGGUAGGUGACGUUUGUGCCGGUCUCCUACGCCACAAACACAUUUUGUUACGAGAACUAUGCGAUACAAAUAUUCUAGACGUCUUAGUUAAGAAAGGUAUUCUUAAUUUAAACGAGUUCGAAAUAAUAACGGGCGCGAAUGACAGUGAUAAGUGUAAUUAUUUUAUUGAGAUUGUUAGUAAACAAAGCGGUGCCAAGUUAAAUGAUCUGUGUGUUGUUCUGAGUAAGGAAUGCCCGAAACUGUCCAAGGAGCUGCUGAACGAUAGGCACAGGUUCAUUGUCAAUGGAUACGGUGAUCACACUAAAGAAAAUAUGGUGAUGAACCAUAAUCUACACAGAGAAUCUCCCCGUUCCCGUCGGUCCGUGUCACAAUGUUCCUGCAACAGCAUAUCGCGAAGAUCAUCAGCGGCUGCAUCUCCCAUGCCGAUGCCGCUACCCCCUCUCAACAACACCGUGGAAAUGUACGUCGAGCCCGUCGUCGAAGAUACGGCCGAACGCAGCGCUGGUUGGGAGACGCAUCGAGUCCGUCUCAACCGGGUGCCAGGCUACGGGUUCGGCAUCGCCGUCUCCGGCGGCAGGGACAACCCUCACUUCGCCAGUGGGGACCCCUCCAUUGCAGUGUCAGACGUGUUAAGAGGAGGACCAGCUGAAGAUAAACUGCAAGUCAACGACAGAAUAGUAUCAGUAAACGGUGUCCCGCUAGAAAAUGUGGAGUACGCGCGUGCGGUGCAAGUGUUGCGCGAUAGUGGCGCCACCGUGUCGCUGGUGGUGCGGCGACGUGCGCCCGCGCCGCCGCCCACCGCGCCCACCACUAUCAAACUCUCACUUAGUAGGAAUGGAAAGAAAGAAGAUUUUGGAAUAGUAUUAGGAUGCAAGCUAUACGUCAAAGAGCUGACGUUACGAGCCAGAGAACAGUUAAACCAAGGAGGCCAGGGUCUGUGCGAAGGAGACAUGGUGACCAGGAUCAACAACACACCAGUGACUGAUGCUAUGACCCUCAAGGAAGCAAGGAAGCUCAUAGAAUCUUGUAAAGACCGCUUGAACUUAGUCGUGACAAGAGAACUGAUUAGAGAAGAAACAGUCACGAAUGGAAAUUACCAGAAUAAUUAUAAUAGUCUUGAAGCCAGUCCACACAACGUAUACGGUCCUGCAGAAGCUUCGCCCGCGUACUCGAGUAGUGGUCAGAACUUGUAUGUGGCGGCGCCAGUCCGCGGCGGAGAUGCACGAAGAGGCCCGAUGUCGCACGAACAGCUGGAUCAGCCGCCUAGACCGCCACCGCCGAGGAAUGAAGAUUACUACAGUAGUAGAAGACAGCUUUAUGAAGAAGAAGCAAUGAAUAAUCAAAGAAAUAAACCAACGAGUGAGCCAAGGCUGAUCAGUUUCCAAAAAGAGGGGUCUGUGGGACUCCGUUUGUGCGGCGGCAACCGGUCUGGGGUCUUCGUGUCGGGGGUCCAACCUACGAGUCCUGCUGCGUUGCAGGGCUUGCAACCUGCUGAUAAAAUACUUAAGUUUUGUGCGGUGGAACAGGUGAACGACAUGGAGAUGAAGGGCGUGACGCGGGAGGAGGCGGUGCUGUUCCUGCUCAGUCUGCAGGAGAGGAUCGACCUUAUUGUGCAGCACUCGCCUGAUGAGUAUAAUGCUGUGGCUAGUGGGCAGAUGCCGGGCGACUCGUUCCACAUAAAGACACAUUUCCACUACACGGAGCCGACGGACGGCGAGAUGUCGUUUCGCUGCGGCGACGUGUUCCACGUGGUUGAUACGCUACACAACGGCACUGUGGGGGCUUGGCAGGUUUAUAGGAUAGGUCGUAAUAACCAAGAGGUCCAAAAAGGCACAAUCCCUAACAAGGCCCGCGCUGAAGAGCUGGCAACAGCGCAGUUCAACGCUACAAAGAAAGAGAUGAGUGGCAACGACGGCAAACACAACUUCUUUAGAAGACGUCGGUCUACGCAUCGGCGGAGCAAGAGUUUGGGCAAGGAACACUGGGACGAGGUAGUACUAUCAGACAGCAUCAGCAAGUUCCCGGCAUACGAGCGCGUGGUACUCAAGCAGCCCGGCUUUGUUCGACCAGUCAUUGUAUUAGGCGCCGUCGCGGAUAUAGCUAGAGAACGAUUGCUCACCGAGAGCCCUGAUAAAUUCUCCUCACCAAAAAUGGACAGUACUCUAGAAGAUACCAAAACGAAGUCUGCCGGUAUUAUCCGCCUAUCCAGCAUCAGAACUAUUAUGGAGAGAGGCAAGCAUGCCUUACUGGACAUCACUCCUAACGCCGUGGACAGACUCAACUACGCCCAGUUCUACCCUAUUGUGAUAUUCCUUAAAGCUGAUAACAAACAUAUCAUUAAACAGCUGAGGGCUGGGUUGCCAAAGUCUGCUCACAAAUCGUCGAAGAAACUUCUAGAACAGUGCCAACACAUGGAAAGAGUUUGGGGUCACGUGUUCACUCACACUAUCACACUCAGCGAAGCGAACCAGAACACUUGGUUUAGUAAGCUCAUAGACUUGAUACAAAGGACACAGCAGCAGCAACUAUGGGUGUCUGAGACCAAGAGGCCAGAGCCAUUGUCCGACGACUUUUUGUUCUCAAUGUCUUCGAGUACUGAGAAUAGACUAUCAUACGCGUCGAGUCCUGAAAGUGACUUGGAAGUGAGUCCGCCGCCUGCGCCGAGACUCGUCAAGUCCUCGUCUGACCCCUCGAUAGCCACGACACAAGACAACAUGGAUCGAGAUGACGAUAUCAACCAUAUGACCGAUGCUGUGCCACCUCCUUAUACGCAAGGCGGUUACGGAGACAGCAAGUAUGGUUUCUCGGCCACCACGAAUGGGGCUCCCACGAACGGCGUGAACCACAGCCAGGGCCACAGCAUGGGCAACAACGAGGCGCCGCCCUACCAGCAGUGCAAUCCUAUGACGCAUUCACCUCCGCACUCGCCGCUGUAUGGAACCGUACCAGAGCUGCCCCCGCGCAGCACGGCGAGCCGGCCGCCGGGCGGCGUGCUGCUGCCCGCGCCGCCGCCCGCCCGACCGCCGCACAACAUGCGACAUAACACGAGUGGGAACCGCCCAAGUGCUCAAGAGCGUCUAUUCGGGCCUCCUAAGGACGGGGGCAGUGAUGAGGCAGCUACGUACACCGCGAGGCCAACCAGCAUGAUCAUACAGCCUAGUCAGGGACAAGGCUCCUUGGAUAGGCAUCGACAUCCUUCUAAUCCGCAGAGUUCAUAUGACGGCACUUCAUCGUACGACUACAGCGGCGCGUCAAACAACGGCUCGGCGGUAGGCUCGUGUCGACUGCCGCCCAACGCUCCUGAUGACCUUAAAGUUGCACCUCCUUCCAUUAAAAUGGAACCACCCCCACCUCCGAAUCCGACGGCCAUGUCUCAGAGUAACAUGACGCAGAGCCCACAGAGAAACUCCAACUCGCAUGAACACAACUCUCUGGAUUACAGAAGUCCAGAUAAUGGAUACAGGCCGCCAGAAUACCGAAGCCCCCAGUCCUCCCGUCCGCCGCCAAUGAACGGCAACAGUCCGCACACACCGAUGCACGCGCGCGGACCCUCGCUGCCCAACGUGCCUACUAAUGAUCAUGCUAAGUACAGUGGGCGCACCAACUCGGCAUCUCAAGCGGACUACAGCGGUCGCGGCGGAGCGCCCGUCCCGCCGUACAAGCCGGUGCCGCCGCCCAAGCCCAAGCACUACCGCCCGCCAGACAACUCGCACCAUCCUAGGAAUGGGAGCAUGGAGCCGCCCCCACCGUCAGGCCCCCCGGGCCCCCGACCCGCGGCGCCGGGCGGGUACCCGGGCGCCCCGCACUACUCGCACCAGCACUCGCACUCGCAGCCCGCGCACAGGCCGCAUAACCAUAAUAACUAUCAACAGCAAAACAUGUACGGAGGUCAGAUGCCGCCGCAGUCACCGCCGUACUCGGGCCCUCCGUCACACCACAGAGCUAUCAACCUACCACACAAUCCACAUCUCAUAGAUUUAGCAGGUAGUAGAGAGCAACGUGGAUCAGCGUUCGAGCUUUACAGGAAACCUCAACAUAUGCACAAUUUAAGUUCAUCAGAUGCCAUGAACUCGAGUGUGGAGCGCGACGAGACGUUCUCACCAAAAACUAAAAAGAAAUUAUCUAAAAAACCAUCGUUCAUUAAAAACGCCGUCCUCGAUCUAUUCCGUUCGAAAACGAAAAAUUCACAAAAGGUGUCUCGACAGAAGUCACUGUGCGAAAGUGACUUGCAACAGAGACAGAACAUGCCUCAGAUGCCGAUGUUAAGACGAGAGAAGUCUGACCUCAGCGAUAUGAGCAUACACAUGAGAAACCAACAAAUCAGAAACCAGAUGUUGCAACGAAGCAACUCAUCUUCUUGUGAAAAGCCAGUAUUGAAACCAAUUCUGAAACGGCAGAGUUCGUUUUGUGAUGAAAGAAACGGAUCUAUCUGUACCGUCAGAGAUUAUGAUGCUAAACCGGUCAUGAAAAGCCUGCGAAGGCAAAAUUCCAUGUGUGACAUAGAAACAGAACCGAAAGUUACCCCGCUGUUGCGUAGACAGAAUUCUCUCAUAGAGUACAAUAGGAGAGGCAUCUACGGACAGACGUCCAGCUUUAAUAUGAUAACCAAAAUAGACCCCAUCUACCAAAGACAACAACAAGUUAAACAUGAACCAUUUCACCCCACACAACCGUUACCUCCAGAACCGUUAUACCAAAGCAAGGAUCAUAUUGUUUAUGAUCCUAUUCCUAAACCUCGAAGGACCUAUACUUCGGUGUAUGACACUUCUACAGAAACCCCUUAUGCCAGUCGAUCUGAAAUGUCUAACCAGAGUUUUGAGAAUCCUUACGGAAACAGGCAUACUAUGCAAAUGCCAAUUAUGGAUCCGCCUUAUGCUACCAGGGCUGAAUGUAUAAGAGAAAGUCCGUAUGCAACUACAGCAGAGUGUGUUAGAGAAAGUCCGUAUGCAACUAGAGCAGAAUGUGUUAGAGAAAGUCCGUAUGCAACUAGAGCAGAAUGUGUUCGAGAAAGUCCUUACGCUACAAGAGCUGAGUGCAUUCGAGAGAGUCCGUACGCUACCAGGGCAGAUUGCGUUAGAGAGAGUCCUUAUGCUACAAGAGAAGAAUGUGUCAGAGAAAGCCCAUAUGCAACUAGAAGUGAAAUCAUGGGAGAAAGUAUGUACACAAACAAACAAGACAUAUCAAAGCAAUCCGAUUCUUUUUACAGUGAAUCUCCGUAUUCUAGUAAAGAGCAAAUGUUGCGAACGAGGCUAACACCAGACAGUCCAUACGCGACUAAAGAAGAAAUGUUACGACAGAGAUUUUCCGAAUCUCCAUACAGCACAAAAGAAGAAAUGCUGAAACAGAGAAUGGAAAGUUCUAAGGAACCCAUUUACGGAAAGAGGACAUACGAGCCACCACCUGUCACGUCUUGGAAUGAGAAUCAUUAUGGUGUAAGGCCAGACAGGCGAUUACAAACACCCGUGAACUAUCCCGGGAGAGUCUCGCCUAUGAGCAAAUGUAUGAGUGAGCCUCCAUAUGCCACGCGAACAGAAAUGAUGGCCCGACUUGGUCAAACCGAGUCACCAUACGCCACACGAGCUGAAGUUAAAUCCAGUUGCUCUGACACACAAUAUAGCACUCGCCACGAAAUGAUGGAUAUGAGACCUGACGUGAGACCUGCCUCUGCAGAGUGUACUUACGUAUCAAAACAAGAAAUUUUAUCCCAGAAAGCAGCGCUACUCGCUAAGAAAGAAUCAAGUUACGGCAUAAGACUAGAAGAAAAACUUGAAAUAAUAAAACAAAGGAAUCAGGCAAAGAAAGAAAUGAUUUAUCAAACUAGAAAAGAAGCUAACGAAAGUGAUUCGGUAAAGAUUAGAGAACCUCUCUAUGUAUCGAAAAGAGAUUUGAAAGAGAGAGUCAUAUACGAGUCUCAUCAGGAAACAAAAGAAGUGGCACAAACUGAAGAACAAGACAGUGCUAGCAGCAGUAGCGCUAGAAGUAGCCCGUACGAACUUGGUCAUGCCAAUCACUUAUCUCGUAGAGAGCCCGUGUAUCAGACCAAGGCGGAGGCUGAGGGAGGCAAAGAAAGUGAAACAUUCCAAGAAAUAGACUUUUCCAAACUCCGUCUAACGGAAUCAAAAACAGAUGCGGAAAAACAAAAAUCUAAAAAUAUCGAAACAAGCAUUUUGAAAGGUGAACCGAUGUAUGCUCCUAGGUUGCAUGGAAAGGCUGAUCACAUUUCUAACGCUCUCAAGGUGACCACUGUUCCUGUACCUUAUGAAUCCACCACGUCUAUGGAAACGCAUUAUGCAUCUGAGUGUAGUAUGAACUUUGAGAACAAACCUCAAAGCACUCCCUACACUUCACAAGAUUUACAAGAUCGAACAAACAAGCCUAGCAGAAGUGUGACAUUCUGCGAACAGAUUUUGGAAAAGAGUGCAGAGACCAGUGCAGAAAAUUCACAAAAUAUGUCUUCCAGUCAGAAUGAAACUACUGUGAUUCAGCAGAACACUACAGUAAUACCUUCAACAUCUGAUGCUAAUGACUCUGGUACUAGCAAACCGGCAGAAGUGGAGCCAGAUGGACCACAUACAACUUGGGGAAUAUUUGAUAGCGAAGGAGGGGUGCUAGAAGAUAGACAAUGGGGUGUAUCAUUAAUAAUACCACCAAAAGCAAUAGCUCCGGGAAUCAAGCAAAAGAUCUAUUUUACGGUGUCAGACCCGCGGCUCAGCCAGCGAGUGGGGGGACCUCCCAUCGAUAUGGACAACGGUGAAGCGAUGCUGUCCCCACUAGUGAUGUGCGGGCCUCAAGGCCUCGUGUUUCUGAGGCCUGUGACGCUCCGGCUGCCUCAUUGUGCGAACGCCGUGCCCUCACUAGGCCUCACGAUCAAGGCCACUGACACUGAAGCCCAUCUCAGCACAGAUUGGGACCAAAUACACCUCCCUGCGACAACCACUUUGAAUACUGUCGCUGUGAAAGUUGAUCACUUUUAGAUGAUUGAAAUUUUGAGUAUAUCGUCAUCCGUAUUGCAUUUGAAAUGUUGCAUUUUCGUGUCGAUGCUUUCAUUUAAAGUAUUUUUUGUUAUAUUAGUCUGAAAACUUACUAAAAGUGAACUGUUUUCAGUACAAAGUGGUUGUUGAUUUAUAGUAUUAAAAUUUGCUUUCUAUUAUGUUUGGCAUACCCACCUAUAUCUAUCAGCCUUAUUUUAGUAGUGGUGCUAAAGUAUCGUAAUGUUAUCAUGUUCUUUUUGAGGUCUAUCGCCAAUGUUGAAAUGUAACUUCUAUAGAUAAUAUCAUUAAGUCGUAUAUCAUCUAGUUCAACGUAGAUAUAGACUUUUAUUCAUAGAAUUUUAAAAAUACAUUUAGACCACGUUAUACAUUAAUGCUUGAAUACUUUUCAUUACAAUUUUAAGCUGUCCUAAACCGUGUCUCGUAGCAAUCAAAAGACCGCUUAAAGUUAAUCAAGUAUUCUGGUUCUAUUUACAUAAGUUGUGAUUUCUCAGUGGCGCUAGGCCUCGUCAAAAUAGACUAUAUUACUGAAUCUCUUAAUGUAGAGCUUGAUUCGUAAGAGUGAUAUUGUGUGAAAGACUUAUAUUAUGGAACGAUGAAUUUAGAAAGGACGUAUGUACAGAGUUAGGUGACUUUCAAUAAUGUGCUCUAGCUUAGCGACAUAAGGAGCAUUGUGGCGAAUCACCGUCAACAUACAACUUUAUCAUUUUGAUUUUAAGAGGCCUUACCAUACCGUAAGUCUAUUUAGUAGGUUUAAAAUGUUUAUAUAUUGUACCUAAUAUUAUUAUUUAAUAAUCAGUUAUUAAUAAAGCAAUUAAUUUUGUAUCGGAUUGUUAGAAUUUAAAUUUUUUUUUUUGUAUUUUGGCUUCCGUUGUUUGUAAUGAUUUUAAAGCUAUUGGUUCAUUUAAAGUCUUGUAUUCCUCGCCAUUUAAAAUUUCGACAAAGUUGCCAAGUUUUGGGCAGCUGAAUGGAAUAGUAGCUUUAAUUUUAAAUUUUGCUAAAGUACUUUAAACCUUAUGCUCAUGCGAAUAAGAGUCAACUAUGAUUGUAUUGGUCUUCUUUCCAACACACUGUAUAUUUCUUGUUAUUAGUGAUAACGAUGAGUUUACCUUUGACUUGAUAAUUAAAUUUUAUAUGUAAUGAAAAAUA